CGGGGCCGCGGGCCCGAGCGCCAUGGGCCGGAGGGUGAGCGGCGGAAAGCCAGGCAUCCCCGGGCCUCGCCCCCGUGGGAAAACGGCCUGGAGGUGGUGGGGGCUGGCCGGGCCCGGGGGUAGGCCGGCCCGCGGCCCCUGAGCGACGGUUAUCAGGGCGCUCACCAUGGCCCCGCCGCUCCUGCUGCUGCUGUUGGCCAGUGGAGCGGCCGCCUGCCCGCUGCCCUGUGUUUGCCAGAACCUGUCUGAGUCGCUCAGCACCCUGUGCGCCCACCGGGGCUUGCUCUUUGUGCCACCCAACGUGGACCGGCGCACAGUCGAGCUGCGGCUGGCCGACAACUUCAUCCAGGCCCUGGGCCCGCCUGAUUUCCGCAACAUGACGGGGCUGGUGGACCUGACGCUGUCCCGCAAUGCCAUCACCCGCAUCGGCGCCCGAGCCUUUGGGGACCUAGAGAGCUUGCGCUCACUGCACUUGGACGGCAACCGGCUGGUGGAGUUGGGCGCCGGCAGCUUACGAGGGCCCGCCAACCUGCAACACCUCAUCCUCAGUGGCAACCAGCUGGGCCGAAUUGCACCCGGAGCCUUCGACGAUUUCCUGGAGAGCCUGGAAGACCUGGACCUGUCCUAUAACAACCUGCGACAGGUGCCCUGGGCUGGCAUCGGGGCCAUGCCCGCCCUGCACACACUCAACCUGGACCACAACCUCAUCGACGCACUGCCCCCAGGCGCCUUCGCCCAGCUUGGCCAACUCUCCCGCCUAGACCUCACCUCCAACCGCCUGGCCACGUUGGCACCCGACCCGCUCUUCUCCCGGGGCCGUGAUGUCGAGGCCUCAGCUACGCCACUGGUACUGAGCUUCAGCGGGAAUCCUCUCCACUGUAACUGCGAACUGCUGUGGCUGCGGCGGCUGGUGCGGCCAGACGACCUGGAGACGUGCGCCUCGCCGCCUGGCCUGGCCGGCCGUUACUUCUGGGCGGUACCUGAGGCCGAGUUCUCCUGCGAGCCACCCCUCAUUGCGCGCCACACGCAACGCCUCUGGGUGCUGGAGGGCCAGCGGGCCAUGUUGCGGUGCCGGGCCCUGGGCGACCCUGCACCCACCAUGCACUGGGUUGGCCCUGAUGACCGUCUGGUGGGCAACUCCUCCAGGGCCCGAGCCUUCCCCAACGGGACCCUGGAGCUUGGGGUGACGGGCGCUGGCGAUGCAGGGGCUUACACUUGUAUUGCUACUAAUCCUGCGGGCGAGGCCACAGCCCGUGUGGAGCUGCGGGUACUGGCCCUGCCCCAUGGGGGGAACGGCAGCACUGAGGGUGGCCGCCCAGGACCCUCGGACAUUGCUGCCUCAGCUCGCACUGCUGCGGAGGGCGAGGGGACUCAAGAGACGGAGGCAGCUGUGCAGGUGACCGAAGUGACUACCAGCUCCGGGCUGGUGAGCUGGGGGCCAGGGAGGCCAGCGGAGCCAGUGUGGAUGUUCCAGAUCCAGUACAACUGCAGUGAGGAUGAGACCCUCAUCUACCGGAUUGUCCCAGCUUCCAGCCACAACUUCCUGCUGAAACAUCUGGUCCCCGGCGCAGACUAUGACCUCUGCCUGCUGGCCCUGUCUCCGGCUGCCGGGCCCUCUGACCUCACGGCCACUAGGCUGCUGGGCUGUGCCCACUUCUCCACGCUGCCAGCCAUGCCUCUGUGCCACGCCCUGCAAGCCCACGUGCUGGGCGGGACCCUGACGGUGGCAGUAGGGGGUGUGCUGGUGGCCGCCUUGCUGGUCUUCACUGUAGCCUUGCUGGUUCGGGGCCGAGGGGCUGGCAAUGGCCGCCUGCCCCUCAAGCUCAGCCACGUCCAAUCUCAGACCAAUGGAGGCCCCAGCCCCACACCCAAGAGCCACCCACCAAGGAGCCCCCCACCCCGUCCCCAGCGCAGCUGCUCCCUGGACCUGGGUGACGCUGGCGGGUGUUACGGGUAUGCCAGGCGCCUGGGAGGGGCCUGGGCGCGACGGAGCCAUUCUGUGCACGGGGGGCUGCUAGGUGCAGGGUGCCGAGGGGCCGGGGGCAGUGCUGAGCGGCUGGAGGAGAGUGUGGUGUGA